AGCCAGCGGGAGCCGCAGGGGUGCCGCUGGGGAAGGCGGCGCGGCCUCCCGCUCGGCGGUGCUGCCGUCAUGCGGAUGCGCCGCCUGGCCCCGCUGCAUGCCGAUGCGGGGGCCCAGGCUGCCCGUGCCGCAUCGGGGACGGAAACGCGGACGGACACGCGGGAGCCCCCGCCGGCGCCAGGCGCCGUGCCUGGGGCUGACGCCGCCGCGCGGGACGUCUCCGGGAUCCUGCAGGACGACCUCCCGCUGGCGGUCGACACUUUCCUGCAGGCCGCCUCUGAGAUCGAGACGGCCGAAGCCCUGGCGACCCCGGCAGCCGCCUCGCGGGCGCUCGGCCCCUCGGCGCGCCUGGACCAGACCGCGCGGCGGCUCCGCGACGCCUCGUGGCGCUGCCCGCUGGGGGCGGAUGCUGCGGAGUGCCUGGCCGCGGUCAUGAGCCCGGUGCUGCCAGAGCUGCAGAGAGUGGUGACGCUGGUGGGGGGCGUGGACGCGCGGUCGCUCCGGGAGAGCGGCGCCGCCGCCGUGCUGCUGUCUGCCGCCACCCUCGGCCUGAGGAUGUCCGCGCUCUACUGCGCGCUGGCCAGCUGCCUGGGCGCGCCCGUGGCGCUGAUCGUCGAAGAGAUCGGCAUCGCCAUCGUUCGCUGCCUGAAGCACUGCGUGAGGGAAGUGGUUGCCCCGCUUUUCGGCGCCGCUGAGGGGGGCCGACGCGGCGGCGGCGCACAGGCGGCGCAGCGAGCGGAAGCGGCCUCCGAGGCUGAUCAGUGCAGCAACGCGGAGCUGUUCAGUGCCGCCGCCGACGCGAUGCACGGUCUCCACGAGUUUCUGUCGAGGCACUCCCUGGGAGACGACCAGCUCCACCAGCUGAUUCACAUGGCGGUUGGCGUGUUCUUCUUCCAGGAGCCUUGCUUCCGGCUCUGCGCGGAGGCCGAGGAGCUGCUGUGCACGAUCUUCGGGCGCCGAGAGGACCUGCGGUCCUCGGUCGUGUCCGAGCUCCUGCAGAUGGUGCCGAAGCUCCCCAGCGGGAGGCGCGCCCGGCGGUUCCAGCUGCCCGUGUCCGAUGACAGCCCCGACUCCGGCCUGUCAGUGUGGACGCAUCUGCUGCUGAGGUUGACGCAGUGCACCUGCCUGCCCCUGCGCGAGCCGUUGGGGGCCACCACGGAGCCCGACCUUGCGGUCGUCCUCGGCCGGCGCAGUGCGGCUCAGAUGGCCAUCGUCCAGCUGACCAGCGGGCUGAUUCAUCGGCUGCUGCUCACGCGCUCGCGCGACGACGAGGUGCGGGCGGUCCUCGACGAGCUGGUGGACGAACUUCUGCUGGUCGCCUACAAGCCACCCUGGCCUGGUGCGCCAGCGCUGCUGCGCACGCUCACGCAGCAGCUGAUAGGUAUAGUCCAGCCGGAGAAGAAGAAGGUGUCCACGGACGCCCUCGCGCGAGAGUACGCGCUGAAACUGAUGAGCAAGGUGCUUACGCGGCUCUGGCACCACCACGUAGAGGCCGAGAAGGCCUGCAUCAGGCUGCCGGCGUGGACCACGCCGCCUGAGCAGGUGCCGCGGGACGAGCGCCUGAUGCAGCACAUCGCCCUGCGGGUGUCCAUGGAGGACGGCCGUGAGAUGCCUUGGACAGCAGCGGCGAAGGCUGUGAGGGCCUGGGAUGCAGAGCUGCUCCUCUCGACCACAGACGAGGACCAGUCGGGCCUCUGUAGCUUCACCGAUGACAUCGUCUUCAGGUACCUGGUCAUGGCCCACCUGGAGGACGAGAGGUCGGUGCCAGCACGAUGCCCCCCAGUGGAGCGCGGGGGCUCGGUGUCGUUGUCCGCCUGCGUGCUCCCCGCAGGCCAUCCUAUCCACGCCUGGAGCUUCCUGGUCUGUGACUGGGCCGAGGCGUCCGCGAGGGCGCACAGGCAGCGCUCGGCGGAACUCGGGGACGACCCGCGGAAGGCUGGCAAGGCCAAGAGCAAGGUUGGCCAGGACUCCGCCCUGGAGCGCUUCCUGGCGUGUGGCUGGGUGUCCCGGACGCUGCUGAGCGGUGAGGGGAGCAGCUGGCGCAGCGCGGGUGGCCGCAGGGUCCUGAUGCCAUUCGCCGUCUACAAGGCUUACCGCCAGCUCCGCGACGCCGAGUUCGAAGGUCUGCGCAAGGCGGCCCUGGACUGCAUCGUCGUCCAGGCGAAUGGCCCUGCGGCCUCCAUGCGCAAGUCGGCCGUAAGAGCACUCAGCGAUGUCAUCGACAUCGACGGCGCCGUGCUGUCGAUGAAGCCGGUGGAGGAGACCAUCGACAUGCGCCUCAGGGACGAGUCCGCCUGGGUGCGCCAGGUCAGCCUCGACGUGCUCGGGCGCACCCUUGAGGCCGGCAUGGAGCCGGCGGUGCAGGAGGGCGCGGCGCCGCCGGUGCUGAGGGGCGAGGAUAGCAGGACCGCCUCGGUCAGCGCGAUGCUCCUGCGGUUCCACAAGACGGUCCGCGGUCGGGUUCACGACACCUCGGUGCUGGUGCGCAGGCAGGCGUCCAAGAUCUUGAGCGCCUUCGUGCUCAACCAUCCUGGGCACCCAGACGUCAUCGAGGUGGCCCUGGACCUGCUCCGGCGGUGCAGCGACUCCGAGGCGCUGAGGAACCUGGUGCUGGGCACGUUCGAGCUCCUGUGGUUCAUGGAGGAGGAGCCCACGCGCGGCGCCGCCCUGCAGCUCGCGCGCGUGGUGGACGCCUCGCGCGGGGCGGAGUCUGGGCGCGGCGACGUGCUCGGCGAGCUGCUGCGGCGCUUCAGGAAGAACAUCGGCGCGCGGAAGGCCUCCAAAGGCUACGAGUUCGCGAUAAGGCGCUGGACAACGCUUUUGCUGAACGAGUUCGUGCACACCCACGGAGGCCCCGCCGACGGGCAGCAGGACAGGCCGAAAAAAAAGCUGAGGAUCAAGACGACGUCUUCGGACGGCAAGCUUGGGGAGGCGGAGGAGCGCUGGGUGCAGCGAAGGUCGCUCCUGUCCACUCUCGAGGCCUUCGCCGCCACCCAGCCGCGGGAGCUGGCCGUGCACCUGCGGCCCCUCAGCGUCUACCUGGCUCUGGAGGACGGCUCCUCCAACGAGGAGAGGUGGGUUGCCACGAAGGUGUGCCGGAUCCUGACCGCGGUGCUGCCGCACACGGCCGAGAAGCGGGGUCUGAUGGACCACAGGCAAGUGCAGCAGGACUUGCAGGCGCUUAUCAGAAAUCAGCCGUCCACCGGGGUGCACGAGGCUGUGUGUUGUCUUUGCCAGGUCAUCAAGUACGUCACUGGUGACUUGGGUCAGCUGCUUUCUCACCUGAAUGCCGCGGUGCC